UCGAGGAGGAGAGCUCUCGGUCUACGGUUCCAGGAGUGUUGACAUUUCUUUGGUUAUUUUAGAUCCCUAAAUGUCUUUUUAUUACCGUAUAUCUAAAUGAUUUCUAACUUGGUGCGAUGACGAAAGAUAUACUAGUUGGAGAUGAACUGCCCGACUGGGUAGGGGCCAAGGAAUUCUACCAGAAGUAUGAUCCUAAGGAGGUGAUCGGCAGGGGUGUGAGCAGCGUGGUGCGCCGGUGUGUGCACAGACACACCGGACAGGAGCUGGCGGUGAAGAUCAUUGAGAUCACAGCCGAGAAGAUGACAGCGGAGCAGCUGGAGGAGGUGAAGAGCGCCACGUUAAAGGAGAUACAAGUUCUUAACAUGGUGAAGGGACAUUCCUCCAUCAUUACCCUCAUCGAUUCCUACGAAUCCACCACCUUCAUCUUUCUGGUGUUUGACCUCAUGCGGAGAGGAGAACUCUUUGACUACCUCACAGAGAAGGUGACUCUGAGUGAGAAGGAGACCAGGAGCCUGAUGCGGGCUCUGCUGGAGGCCGUCCAGUACCUCCACUCCCGGAACAUCGUCCAUCGCGACCUGAAGCCCGAGAACAUCCUGCUGGACGACCAGGGACUCCUCAAGCUCUCCGACUUCGGCUUCUCCGUGCAGCUGCCGCCCGGGCAGAAGCUGAGAGAACUCUGUGGAACCCCGGGCUACCUGGCUCCAGAGAUCCUGAAAUGCUCCAUGGAUGAAACGCACCCCGGUUAUGGGCAGGAGGUGGACCUCUGGGCGUGUGGUGUGAUCCUGUACACGCUGCUGGCCGGCUCGCCGCCCUUCUGGCACCGGAAGCAGAUGCUGAUGCUGCGGAUGAUCAUGGAGGGGCGCUACCAGUUCAGCUCCCCGGACUGGGACGACCGCUCGGACACGGUCCGGGACCUGGUGGCCCGCCUGCUGCUGGUGGAGCCGGCGGGCCGCCUGACCGCCCAGCAGGCCCUGGCCCACCCCUUCUUCAGGCAGUACCAGAGGGAGGACGCCCGCGUCUUCAGCCCCAGGAAGAGCUUCAGGGUUCUGAUCCUGAGCGUGCUGGCCUGCAUCCGGAUGUACGGCCGCUACCGCCGGCUGCGCCCCCUGACGCGGGAGGUGCUGGCCCGGGACCCCUACUCCGUCAGGGGCAUCCGCCGGCUCAUCGACGGCUGCGCCUUCCGGAUCUACGGCCACUGGGUGAAGAAGGGCGAGCAGCAGAACCGGGCCGCUCUCUUCCAGAACACCGCCAAGAUCAUGCUGCUGGGUCUGGAGGAGCUGGAGGCUUAAGGAACAGCGAGGUUCCCUCAAGGUUCCCUGUGGUUCUGUGUGUUCCUAUGAAUACACUUAUCAAGGUUCUGUGUGUUCCUCUGAACACACUGAUCAAGGUUCUGUGUGUUCCUCUGAAUACACUGAUCAAGGUUCCCUGUGGUUCUGUGUUCCUCUGAACACACUGAUCAAGGUUCCCUGUGGUUCUGUGUUCCUCUGAACACACUGAUCAAGGUUCCCUGUGGUUCUGUGUUCCUCUGAACACACUGAUCAAGGUUCCCUGUGGUUCUGUGUUCCUCUGAACACACUGAUCAAGGUUCCCUGUGGUUCUGUGUGUUCCUCUGAACACACUGAUCAAGGUUCCCUGUGGUUCUGCAUGUUCCUCUAAAUACGCUGAAGGUGAUUUACGCACAGACAAGGUUCUGUUGGCUGUAACUUCUGUUACAGCCAACAGGUCAAGAGUAUGUCCUCGUAUUCCAUUGUUCUCUUUAUCUAUCAGGUCGUGAAACGUGAGUACCAGUACCUACUUUACUUCCAGGUACUGCAGUACCUACUUCCAAAUACUGCAGUACCUACUUCCAGAUACUGCAGUACCUACUUCCAGAUACUGCAGUACCUACUUCCAGAUACUGCACUACCUACUUCUCAAUACUGCAGUACCAACUUCAGAUACUGCAGUAGCAACUUCCAGGUACUGCAGUACCAACUUCCAGUUACUGCAGUAAUAUAAUGAUAAUACUGCAGUACCAACUCAAGGAUACUGCAGUACCAACUUAAGGAUACUGCAGUACCAGGUUCAGUACUGCAGUAAUGUAAAGAUAAUGCUGCAGUACUGACACCUGCUGGUGCUUUCAUCUCCAACUGCCUUGUCCUCAUUCAGUCUCUAAAUCCAUCUGCUUAACCCUCACCUUCUAACUCUAAACCUCACCCUCACCUUCUAACUCUAACCCUCACCCUCACCCCUAACCCUCACCCUCACCCUCACCCCUAACCCUCACCCUCACCCCUAACCCUCACCCUCACCCUCACCUUCUAACCCUAACCCCUAACCCUCUAACUCUAACCUUCUAACCCUAACCCCUAACCCUAACAUGAAUACACUGUGAUUGGUGAUGCUAUUAAUGUGUAAAUACAUAUUGCUAAAUAUAUAUUUAAUGACCAUUGAAUUAUGUGAUGCAUUGGAAUGCUUUUAUUCAUUUCUAUUUUCCUUGUUCCAUUUUAUUUGACGUAAUGGUUACCAUGGUAACUGUGUCCUGCUAUGACACAGUCCAGCGCUGUGUGAAAAUAAACAUAUUAUAUAUUAUACCAUCUCUGUAGAACUUGGGUUUGUUGGAUACUUGGUUGUAACAUAUCUACAAUUCAGAUCAUUCAUAGGUGCGCCUUGACCUCCAGAAAGAAAAAUAAAUAAUAUAAAAUGUGUAUAUUUCUG